CACUUCAGAUUAUUGUGAAUUUCUGCAUCGAAAGUGCCAUCUCACUAGAAACUGGAGAACUGAAUACAAGCUGUGAUAAUGGGCGGAGUUUCAAAUGAUACUAUGGAAGUGGGAGAGCAGCUGCAAUGGAGACUGAAGCCAGAUCUUGAGAUGGACUGCUGUCUUCACUCAGUAAGCUGGUGUUGUACCAUAUGGAUUUUCAUCCAUAAAUAUAUUAAAGGAAAUAGAUUGUGAAGGAUCUUUAGAGACUUGGUUUUCUGAAAGAAGAAUCCGCCCCUUAAUCAAAUAUGGUUCCUCUCAUGAAGUUUAAGUCCCUCUAUGAGCAGCUCAUUGAGGAGGGACAGCUGAAGAACUUGCUUAUGAAUCAGCAGCUGAAGUCUGAUGGCUUCUACAACGAACCGCUCCUGAACUACAAGGAUAUGUCCUAUUUUGGACAAAUCAGCAUCGGAACCCCACCACAGAGCUUCUCUGUCCAUUUUGACACCGGCUCCACUCGCUUAUGGAUCAACUCUGUCUACUGCAAGAGCGAGGCCUGCACCAUGCAUCACCUGUUCAACCCUGAGGAAUCCUCCACCUACUACAGCAAUGGGGAGCCCUUUUCAGUGCAUUAUGUCUCUGGGAGCCUCACUGGGGUCAUUGGGUAUGACACUGUCUCUCUCCAGGGCCUUAAGGUCACAAAGCAAGAGAUCGGUUUGAGCAUCAAGGAACCUGGAAAACACUUUGCGAGACCACUGCAUGAUGGCAUCAUGGGAAUGGCUUUGAAGAAGCCAGGGGGAAUGACCCCUAUUGUGGACACAAUGAUACAGGAAAACCUGCUGGAGGAACCCAUCUUUGCUUUCUACCUGACCAAUUAUCCAGGACAAGGAAGUGAGGUAGUGUUUGGAGGAGUAGAUCCUACACGCUACACUGGUGAAAUCCACUGGGUUCCAGUCACACCAGGAAGCCACUGGCAGCUUGUUAUUGAUGGCUUUGAGAUCGACCAUCAGGAGACUACCUGGUGCAGUAACGGAUGCUCAGCUAUCGUGGACACUGGUACCUCUCUCCUUACCUGCCCCCCACAAUUUGUUGACGAGCUAUACCAGAAAAUUGGAGCUCAGGCCAACGAAUAUGGAGAUUACAUUGUAGACUGUAACAACCUGAACAACUUACCUACUCUGACCUUUAUAAUGAAUGGAGCGCAUUUACAUGUGGAGCCCUCUUUCUAUACCUUGGUGUACCACCUUCGCAAUGGAGAGAAGUACUGCAGGUUGGGCAUUAAAGGUUCCCAUGUGGAAUAUCGGGAUGGACAACCCUUCUGGACUUUGGGAGAUAUCUUCAUUAGGCAGUUUUACACUGUCUUCGACCAAGGGAAUGCCCAAGUUGGAUUUGCUAAAGUGGCUUAAACCUCUCAGUCCAGCCCUGCCUCGUAACACUGCUCCAGCUGCCUGGAUUGUCGUAGUUCCUAGAUAGCCUCUUUCAUACUGGCUUUAAUAAAGUAACAAACUACUACUAUGAAUAAACAUUGCAGAAUAGAGAUUACGAUACAGAAAUGAUUAGAAAAGUAAACUGAAGUCUGGGUUGGGUGUAUCAAAACAAAGCUAAGAUUUAAUUCAAGUCAAGUCAACUGUCUAUGUAACCCUAACCCUAACCCUAACCCUAACCCUAACCCUAACCCUAACCCUAACCCUGUCUAUGUCAUUUUAUAUUAAUAACGAAAGCCUGUUGUCUCUUGAGAGAAAUGUAGCCAAUGUAUUAUUACACUAUGUAACACAAUUUUUGUUCCUGGGUAGCAAGUGUUAUUUCCUAAUUGCUUAUGCCUCAAAAGUA